GAGAUUUUCGGUUCCACUCGCGGACUCGGUUGACGUUCGUGCGAGACAGCGGGGUAAUAUCGUGCAACCCGUGCAGGCUCGAAAAUCAAUGAUUCUCCACGCGGUAACGAUCCUAAGAUCCUAGCCUGUUUCAACAAAUCGUGCGACGGUGUCACGCUGUGUAAAACUGGCAUUUGACUAUUUCCCCCGUUGUAAGGCGAAUGUUUUGUGUACACUCUCUGUCGUAUGUACGUCGGGUUAUCAAGGCGAGGGUGUGAUUCGAGGGUGGCGGAGGAGACAGUGCGUAAUUAUCGCGUUCGGUGCCUGGCGUGAUCCCUCGAGUUCGUUCGAACGUAACGUUCCAUUGACACUUGACGAUCUAUGCUGAUCCAUACGAUCGGGAUCCGUCGAUGUCGGUUGUCGGAAUCGUGAGCAAACGGAUUACCGGGAAUCGCGGAAGACGUCACGAAAGAAUAGAACGGUUGACGCUGGCGGGGUGAAUUCGAUCAGAGUGAACGACAUUCUAUUACGAUCGAGGUGUUUUCGAAAAUCGCACGAUAAAAUGGAGAAACGUAUAAACGGUGAUCCGUGACCGUAGUGUGUUGGUUAUUUAUCGUAAAAAAAAAAUCACGAUCAAUGCAAAAAACAAGAUUUUCGAGAAAAAAUGGCCAUCGCUGCUUCGGAUAAUUAUCAACUCAAGUGGCACAGCUAUGGCGCGCAUCUGCACACCUCUGUCGCUACGUUGCUGCACUCAGAAUCCUUCGCGGAUGUCUUAUUGGCGACGUCCUGCGGCCGGCACGUGGCUGCCCAUCGAUUCGUCCUUGCCGCUUGCUCGUCGUAUUUCAGUCAUAUUUUUCAAACAUGCCAUUUCGGGGCAAACACAAACGCUCCUACAAUCGUGGUUUUGCCGACGGAGAUCGGCUAUCGUACGCUGAAAAUCCUAAUCCAGUACAUGUACAGCGGCGAGGCGACCGUGACGAAUGAUCAGCUGGAGGGUGUAUUAAAGGCCGGUGACAUACUGCGGGUCCGUGGUUUAUGGCGGUCCAACAACGGAAGCAAAAAAGAGAAUAUCCAGUCGAACAAUCAAAAGGUUGACCGAGACAAGCGGGAACAACCGCCGAUGACGGGGCAAAUUCAAAAGAUCAAGCUGGUUCAGCCGGCGACUGAGAAGGUCGUCGAGAAUGUACAGCAGACCACGUCGGUGCAGAACAAUGUUCAACCACAGAAACCUACCUCAGAGAGAAAGAGUAUCGAGAAGAUCGAGGAGAAGAUCAGCGAGACGGAGACCAAGAAGGUGUUAGAGGAGAAUAAGAAUAACGAACAGAAUAAAAAUAAGGAGAACCUGGAGGCGAACGGCAAGAAAAGGAAAACCACUAGCAACAGCGAUGUAGAAUCGAACAAAUCUAAAAGCGAGGACGGUGAAAAUACGGAGCUGAAUUUGGAGCUUCUGGUGAAAGACGAACCAAUUUGGGAGGAAACAAUCGAUCCAUCUGAAUCGUUGACGAUAGACCAUGAGAUUGAUAUUAAACCAGAAAUCGUACACAGCGCAGACGAAGAAGAAGAGUAUUCGCCAUUGACCUGUGACAUGUGUAGUCAAACGUUUAAUCGACCCUCGGACUGGGUCAGACACAUUGAAUUCACGCACGCUGAUAUGACCGAAAAUCGAAGGAAAAAGAGGAAGGGUGACGUAGACGACGACAGCAAGGAUUUUCCGCCCUUAAAGUGUGACCUGUGCGGUAACAUGUAUUCGACGCCUCAAGAAUGGGUACGCCACAUACAAACGGAACACACCGAAGAGCAGUUAGCUCUCAUGAACAACUCGGCGCCACCAAAACCGAAAAGAGUUCAUAGCCACCAAAAAUUGUGCAACAUAUGUCAAAAAGAAUUCCCAAGUCAUGCGUCGAUGGUCAUCCAUCAAAGAACACAUACAGGGGAAAAGCCUUUUCUUUGUUCCUAUUGUAAAAAAGGCUUCAACGUAAAGAGUAAUCUACUAAGGCAUCUAAGGACAUUGCAUGACAAGUAUGUACAUCCCAGCUUAUACGGGAGUAACGGCAACACGAAUGCUUAAGCCCUUAUAAUUUUCGAAAUGUACAUGUUUCUUUUCCUUCGUUGGUACCUCAUUUACAAAGUGAGCGUCACGCAGCAUCCUAAAUACUUUUCAAAUCAUGCUCACAGACUGGCGGAGUUAUCUAUAUGGAUUCGCGACCAUGCGUAAGCAUGUCAAAUUGGUCCAAAACAUUAAAAGGCUAUCGGAGAACGCGCGUUGCAUAUUCUUUGAAAUCAGACAAAAUCGAAAGCUUGAUAAAAUUUUUUUAAAAAUUCGAACAAGUAACUUAAGCUACUAGGCUCGCGCGUUAAAUUUUUUCUAACAUAUAGGGUGUUUACAUUUAAGCAAAACAGUCGAUUAUCUCCGUCAUGCAUUGAAGAGCCCAAAAUGAUAUUUACUUAAUAGUUACAUUACAAGGCACAUUUGAUAGCGAAUUUGUGAUUAAUUUAUGAAAUAAGGCUGUCAAGUUUAAUUUUUUAAAUGGAAUUGUGUAUUUUUCAUUAUGUCAUUUAUUAGUGCAUUUUACUACGAAUCCAACAACCCAUAAAAUUUACAAUCUAAUGUUGAAUAGUUUUCGAGAUAUUGAUCGUGCAAAUUUAAAAGGAAAAAGAUUAAAGAAAAAUAUAUAGUUCUAUUUAAAAAACAAUAUUUGAAACAAUCUCUAAAAUCGAUGAAAUAAAAAUCAUCUUCAGUAAUAAGUGGGCUCUUUCGUGUCAUGUAACUUUCAAGCGAAGUAAAAUCUUUUUUUCAUCUUCAAUACUUUUAGAUAAUUGAUUGUUUCACUUAACCCUGGCAUCCUGUAUACGUAUAUAUUAAUUCGAAUACAUAAUUACGACAUUGUUUAUGAAAUUGUUUACUCUAGUUUUAAAUGUCAGUUUCUGUUUUGUUAAUAACACAAAAGCAAUAUCAGGGCUUUAAAACCAAAGAGGCUGAUUACUAUUGCCAAAGUGACUUUGUUUCGUUGCGACUUUAAUUAGUUUGAAUAUAGGAAUAAAAUAUGAAAAAGUAUUUAUUUUAAUUAGACAUUUGAUUUAAACGUGUAUGAAUAGGAACGACGAUAUACAGGUCUUCGCAGUAUGUGCGUGUAAAAUAAUUCAUAGUAUAAAUCAACAUCUAUUGAUUAAUAUUUAAUUACUUAGUAACUAUACGAGAUCCAAAUUGUGUAAGAUUUAACUGUAUACUUCUAGGCUAUUCCAUCCAUGGUAGCCCUCUUAUUCCCUCAGCUCGUAAGCUAAUUAUGUAUUUUUAUAUUAAACUAGCUUAUACACAAAAAGUAUAAGAAAUAAGAUAAAAUAAGUCAGAAAAAUAUUUGAACUUUCAAUUAGGCUAGGGCAUAAGGAUAACACGUAAUUCAAAAUUUAUGAAAUGUUUUGGAAAUAUAUUGAGUUCUUCUUACAUAUAAAAAAAAGAUCGCAAUAUUAUCAAAAUAUUGUCACAGUUUAUGAAACGGUAACAAUAUAAAUCUUAAGAGAAUGACACCGCAUUACCAUGUUAAUCAUGAUCGUGUCACUCUUACCAUGAAUCUUAGUGUCAAUUCUACGUUGCGCUAACACUGUGACGAGCCAAAUAACUUUUAAAUGUAAAAUUUAAAUAUAUUACCUUCAAAGUA